UGGAGUGAAGAGAUAGCGUUGUUGCCGUCUGACUUUUACAUUUCCCUUCGUGUCUGAGAAGUAAACUAAACCAAAGCGUUCAUUUAAGGGCAGAAACAUUUCCAAACUACGGGGCAAACUUAUCUUCGGAGGCCACCAUGCUGGAGGACAAGAAGACCAAGGUGAAGAUCACCUUCCUGGUUAUCCUGGUAGGCAUCUCAUCCAUGUUGGCGGCGGUGGUGACGGACCACUGGGCGGUGCUGAGUCCCAGGGUGGAGCGGCUCAACACCACCUGCGAAGCAGCCUAUUUCGGACUUUGGAGGCUGUGUAAAAAGAGUAUCUACAUUGUAGAGGAAGACCCCCAGGGCAAAGGCUGUGGCCCUAUCAGCCUGCCAGGAGUCAAGAACUGCUCCUACUUCAAACACUUCACAUCAGGGGAAGAGGCUGAAGUUUUUGAAGUAAAGACUCAGAAAGAGUACAACAUCUCAGCUGCUGCCAUAGCCGUCUUCAGUCUGGCCUUCAUGACCCUGGGCAGUCUCUGCCUCCUGGGGGCUUUUGGAAAGGGCAGAGACUACCUGCUGAGACCAGCUGGCAUGUUCUUUGCUUUUGCAGGUCUGUGCAUCGUCAUCUCAGUGGAGAUCAUGAGGCAGUCGGUCAAACGCAUGAUCGACAGCGACGAGACCAUAUGGAUCGAGUACUACUAUUCGUGGUCCUUCGCUUGCGCCUGCGCCGCCUUCACCCUCCUCUUCCUCAGCGGCAUCAGCCUCCUCAUCAUCUCCAUGCCACACAUGCCCAGAAACCCCUGGGAGACCUGCAUGGAUGCCGAACCAGAACCCAUAGACUAGAGAUGACCACAGAGUAAGAGCGCAUGACACAGGAGUCAUACUAGCAGAGUGAAUGAUGAUGCAUUGCAUUUAUAGAUGAUGAUAGUGAUGCAUUGAUAUUUUUAACUCAGCAUUGACAGAGACGGAUAGAUUAUGCAAAUCGUUUUUUGUUUUUUUAAUUGUAUAGAUUCUUUGAAACGGUGUUCUGUAGAAAAAUGCAGGUCAAACCGGUUCGAAAAGAUUUGAUGGUGAGUGAAUAAUAACAGAAUUGACAUUUUUGGGUAAACGGUCCCAUUAAAGUCUAUACGAAAUAUCGAACAUGAAUUUUGUUAUAACGUUGUUAUAACGAAUGUUUUAUGGUAUAUGAAAACAUUUUUAUGUGCAUUCAUGCUUAUAUGCAAUAGAUGACAGCUUAGAAUGUAUAUUUAGGGACUUGUUUAUAGUACAUAAAGUUUACAAUCUGUUAUUUCUGAAACUGGAUAAUGGAUGACCAUAAAAGUAUAAGCAACGAUGGAUUAUUUGUUUCAGCAAAUACAGAUUGCACUUUAAAGUGAGUUGAAUCUAAUAACAUUACUAGUACCGGUUUAUACUUCCCAGGUAAUUUAAGAUGUUAUAUUCAUGUCACACUGGGACUUCCUGCUUUUGAGCGAGUGAAUCUCAAAGACAGACUGUUGAAACCCCACAAACAUUUACUGCACUGAUGUAGCUGGGGCAGGACAUAUUGAAGGUCUCAUCCUUUUUGUAUUUAUUUUAUAACCAAUAGCCUUUAGUUUAAGACACCACCAAACCAUGAGUUACUGCUUCCUGUUCCUGGUUUGAGGGCAUAAUUUAGAGGGAAGGACAUUCUCAUUUGAUUGUACGUUUGACCCAUUUUCCAGAAAGAAAAGGAUUUCCAAUGCGUGUAUAAAACGAGUAUACUCCUAUUCAAACUAAUAGAAAUGGACUGAAAUCCACCAAACAUUCAUAAACAUGCAUAUUCAAUGAGCUUAUUCUGUUAUUCACACGUCUUUGUUAUUCUACAUUGUACUCCAUUAUAUCAGACUUGUAUAAAGACAGUGAACCAGGGCUUAAAAUGUACACUGCCACCUUAGAAAUGGACAUUUAAGAUGUUGAAUGGUUAUAGAUUACAUUUUGAACAAAGUCCAAGGGCUUUUGGAUCAGUGGGCAAAUAAUGAACAAAUUUGUGAUUUAAGAAUAAUGUGAAUGCUCAUUUUCGGUAUAUUUGCUAAUUUACUAAUGCUAAUGUAUCAGUUUGCGUUAUUGCUAAUAGCUUUAUUAAACAACCAGUUUUUUGGUUGCAUCUUGCCUUUUGUCAGAACUAAUAACCAUUUCCUGAGCACAAGUAAACACAUUAUAGCUCUCAUGAUGGUUCAUUUUUUUUUAUCCUGAUCAGGUGAGCACAAAUAAAAUCUCUUUGUUGCUUAUUAAAACUGAGCAUUUUGAUAUCCAAUAGCAAGCAGAAUCUUUACACUCAUUUGGCAGCUUUGCAUUUUUUCAUGUAUUUGCAAAUAUAAUAAAAAUCUAAAAUGUU